AUGUUCCAAGUAAAAUUUACCAAACCACUUACCAUUUUUGGUUUGACUGUAAUAAGUUGUGGAUUCUUCUACUGGUCGAAUUUUAGAACAUUUCAAUCAUCUAUUGAUUUCAAUGAGUCAAUAAUUUUCCAACGAAUAAUUGAAUGUAGCGAUAUAGUAGAUGGUAAUCUUUGUUUCAAAGAGAAUAAAGACGAUCUUUUGAAAGAAGUCAAGUUCAACAACUUCGUAGCAAAUAAGCAAUGGAAUGAAUGUUUGACUAUGGUAAACGAGCAGAGUGAUUUGAAUUUGCUUUUAAAUAUUCAGAAGUGCUUUCAUCAAUCAGAUUUGAUAGAUAAACUCAACCACCAGGGGAACAAAAUCCAGCUUUUCUUAGCCAUGGCUAGCAUAGCAAUCCAACUUUUCAUUUCAAUUCAAUUCAUGAUCAAUCAUUCGUUCAAGAACCAUGAAACUACCCUUACUAUUGAACGAUUACGGGAAUUAAGUUUUUCAGUUGAAGAUUUAAUCAAAAAAGUCGGAAACCAUUACAACGAAUUUGUCCAAGCUAGGACUAAAUUAAAUAGUGAUAUUAAGCAAACCACCUCAAGAUUGAAUAAAGGAGGAGAUUAUUAUAGGUAUAAUGAAAUCUUGAAAGAGAAUGUAAUCAUUUUAAAUAAUGAAUUUAACAACUUCAAGAUCGAAUUCUUUACCAAGUUCAAUAAAGAUUUUGUUAUUUUACCGCCCAAGAUUAACACUUUUAGUUCACCAAUGAUGAAAUUCAAUACUGGACAGCACCAUUCGAAAUCAUCCACUUCCCCAAAAGUUAGGCUGCAUCAAAGUAAAGAACCAAAUCGAAAUUUUGACAAGGAAAACAAUAUUCCUAAUCCAAUGGUAUCCAUGCCAAAUCACAAAGCUUCCUCGACAGUUUCUGAUUCUUCAUCAAUUCCUGCAAAAGUCAAUCAACAAAACUUCGAUAUUACUACCCAACAAGGAAGGGAGCAGUUGAAGAAAAUCAUUGAAGUUACCAGGAAAGAAAAAAAUCAGCUCACUGGAUUGAAAUAUUCAGAUGUCAUUAAGGUAGACAAACAUGAAAAGAAAUUUAAGAGAGUUUUCAUACCUCAAAGGGGUUGGGUACCUGUCAAGAGACUCGAAGCGGAGGAACUCCAUCAUGGAUCGAACGCAUUGGUAAUUUCAUGA